AUGUCAGGCUUUGAGAUUGUGGGUGUUGUUCUGGGGUCCAUUCCCCUCCUCAUCUCGGGGCUUGAACACUACCGAGAUGGUGUAGAAACCAUUGCGAGCAUGGUUCAGUACGUCGAGGUUAUGAAAGAUAUUCUGGUGUCAGUCUCGACAACACUCUCUAUUUACCGCCAGUCGUGCGAAGUUCUAUUACAGGGACUCUUUCUUCCUGAAAACACCCUUGAUGAACUCCUGAAUGACCCAAGCUCCACUGCAUGGGCAGACGAAGGGCUUGCUAAACAGCUCAGAAAGCAGUUUGGGCCACAUGAGGAGUAUCAAGUCUAUAGGAAGGCCGUGGUGAGGCUGAACAAGCGGAUCGAAAAGUUGAAAAGCAAGUUAGACCUGGAUGAAGACUUCAAGCCUACCUGGGUCAAAGAUAAUACAGUUGAUGCUAAUCUGCUCGAUAAAUUCUUCAACACUGGGCGCGAACUCCGUCGCAGGAUGAAAAUUGGUUUCAACGGCGACAAAUAUAUGGAACUGGCCGGUGCUAUCGAGAGUGAUGUGAGUCGCAUCAGUACGCUAAUUGGAGGCGCACGAACUCUGGAACCCAUGCGAGCAGAUCGAGACUCCAAGGCAGCAGCAAAGCAUUGGUUAAGAGUUGGGAAUGGAACUUCGACUUCUGCUGUUCCAUGGCAAUGGAAACUGUUGGAGAUUGAGCCAAAGAUGGCCCCUACACCGCCUUUGGUAGUCACAAAACCAGACCCUGCAGCUCUGCCAAGUAUAUCCGUUCGUCAAAAGUCGAAGAUGCCUAUCAUCAGCGUACAGCCACCUCGAAACACGAUGCACAUACCUCAAACCUCAACAAAGCUAGCUACGACCCCAAUCAUAGACCUUUGUGACACUUUGGCACAAGCCGCAGAUUCAUACACGUGUCUAGGUUUCAUCCCUGAUGAUACCUGGGAGCACUUCUUGCAUCUUGUUAAUCCUCGAGAGGAGUUAAAGGGCAGGGAUGGAUUCAGUUCAUUGGAAGAUAUCCUGUGCAACUCGGACCCAAUGGGAACAAAGACAAAGUUCAGGAUUGCUGCCUCAUUGGCUUCAGCUGUCUUGCAGUUUCAUGCCACGGCUUGGCUAAACGAUACAUGGGACUCGACAGAGAUAUACUUCUUGAAACGUUGUGAUAGAACCAUUCAAACAGAUCGCCCUUACAUUUCCAAGCGCUUCACUCAGGAAGACCCUAAAACAUCCCCCGCACGGCGUCGAGACCCAUCCGUCUCCAACGAGAUCACCUUCUCGCUUGGCGUUGCACUAAUCGAACUAUCAUUUUGCAAACGUUUACUCGACUUUCAAGAGCCCGGCGACUUGGAUGAACAUGGAAACGUGGACGUCUUGACAAAACUUGAGAUUGCUAAGCGGCUAGUGGGAAAGCUUGAAAGUCGAGAUGGGGGCAAAUAUGCAGAUGUUGUGGAUCGAUGUAUCCGAUGCAGAUUCGAUACUAGAUCAACAAGCCUGGAUGAUCCGGCUUUCUUGUCUCUCUUCUAUCAGGGGGUUAUCAAACCACUGGAAGAAAUUUACAACAGUAUCUAG